AGACAAGUGGUUGUCUGUUUCUUCAAUCCUGCAACUCAAGACCCUCCCUAAGCCCCAACUUCUACUUGGAUUUUAUCAAAAACCCACCAACUCAUGAUUCUGUUUUCUUCUUCCUCUUCUGUUGUACCUAAAAAAAUUUAUUGUGAGAUUUAAAAACUUGGGUUUGUUUAUAACAUGAGUUUAUUUCCUUUUAGAGAUAAAUGUAUUGCUACUGGUGGUGGUGGUCGUCGUGCUCUUCUUCUUCUUAGGGUUCGCCGUGUUCGAGUCGGUGGUAAUGGAGACGAUGGAAUCCUGUGUUCCACCGGGUUUCAGGUUUCAUCCCACGGAUGAAGAGCUUGUGGGUUAUUAUCUGAAGAAGAAGGUGGCAGCUCCCACUCAGAAGAUCGAUCUCGACGUUAUUAGAGACGUCGAUCUGUACAGAAUUGAACCAUGGGACCUCCAAGAGAGGUGCAGAAUAGGGUAUGAAGAGCGAAACGAGUGGUAUUUCUUCAGCCACAAGGACAAGAAGUAUCCAACAGGAACAAGGACGAAUAGGGCAACCAUGGCUGGGUUCUGGAAGGCAACUGGGAGAGAUAAGGCUGUGUAUGACAAGAUGAAACUCAUCGGCAUGAGGAAGACUCUUGUCUUCUACAAAGGGAGAGCUCCCAAUGGACAGAAAACUGACUGGAUCAUGCAUGAAUACAGGCUUGAAUCCGAAGAGAAUGGUCCUCCUCAGGAAGAAGGAUGGGUGGUCUGCCGAGCAUUCAAGAAACGAACCAACUGCCAAACAAGAGGAAAUGAAGGAUGGGACUCAAGUUACUUCUACGAUGAACCGAGUGGGAUCAGCUCCAUUGUUGAUCCCAUAGAUUACAUUAAUCCAAGGCAGCCCCAAAACUUCAUGUGUAAGCAAGAGAUAGAAGGAGACCAUUUGAACUUCUUGGGUUCCCAUAGUUUUGUACAGCUUCCCCAGCUUGAGAGCCCAACUCUACCUCUAAUGAAGAAGCCAAAUCUGAUAUCAAUGAUGUCACCUGAAAAUGACAAGGAAGAUGAAGAGGCUGGAAGAGGGUGCAAUAACACAGAGAAAGUAACAGAUUGGAGAGCCCUAGACAAGUUUGUGGCUUCCCAAUUGAGUCAAGAAGAUAGAUAUGGUUGUGAAGGGAUCUCAAGCUUUGGAGAACAUCAUAAUUCGGAUAUGGCCUUGCUUAUGUUGCAGAGUAGUACAAGUGAGGAAGGAAAUAAGUUGAAUGGGUUAUUGAGUUCAAAUGCAGACUGUGAUAUUGGAAUUUGUGUAUUUGACAAAUGAAGAGAAUGGAAAAGGUAUAGGUUGAAGAUAAAGAGGGAGAUCAGUGGAGAUUGGAGACCGAAGGAGUGUUGUUACCUUUGCUUUUACUUACUUUUUUUUUUUUU